AUGGCCCCUAAGAAGAAAGAAGAGCCAAAACCUGCUGCACCAGCUGCCCCCAAACCCCCAGAGCCUGAGCGCCCCAAGACCCCGGAGUUUGACCCAACAUCAGUGACGCUGGAAUUUACUCCUGAACAAAUUGAGGACUUCAAAGAUGCUUUCCAGCUGUUUGACAGGACCCCAACCAGUGAGAUGAAAAUCACUUAUGCCCAGUGUGGUGACCUAAUAAGAGCUUUGGGCCAGAAUCCCACAAAUGCAGAGAUAAUGCACGUGCUUGGAAAGCCCAAAGCUGAAGAUAUGAAUACCAAGAUGCUGGACUUUGACCAGUUUCUACCCAUCCACCAACACAUCUGCAAAGCCAAGGACCGUGGAACAUUUGAGGACUUUGUAGAGGGCCUCCGGGUGUUUGACAAGGAGGGGAACGGCACGGUCAUGGGUGCAGAACUCAGACACGUUUUGGCAACACUGGGUGAGAAGAUGAGGGAGGACGAGGUGGAGCAGCUAAUGCAAAACCAAGAGGAUGCUAAUGGGUGCAUAAAUUAUGAAGCUUUUGUUAAAUACAUUAUGGCAUCUUAA